AAAAUGAGGUUUUAAAAUAGGAACGGGUGCACCUGAUUCCGCACUCUCAUCUCUUUGAACUUGACUAUAGCUGAUACAGAAAAUUUGUCUUUUGAACAGGGUUCGGAUUUUUCAAACCCACCCAUCACUUUCUCUCUCUAACACCAUCUCUCUCUCUCUCUCUCUGGAGAUUCAAUAUUAGUGAUUUUGUUAACGUCUUGAAAGUUUUUCAGGGUCAGCUUUGUAAAGAGGCCUUGGGAGAUUUGUAAGACGCAAUGGUGGCAAAAAUCCGGCAAAAUGCUACGGAGUCUCCUAAUCCAAAACCAGAGGUUGGAGAGAUUGACACCAGCCCACCUUUUCAGUCUGUUAAAGAUGCUGUCUCUCUAUUUGGUGAAGGUGCUUUCUCUGGUGAGAAACCUAUCCAUAAGAAGGCGAAACCUUAUUCUGCUGAGAGAGUUUUGGCCAAGGAGACACAACUUCAUGUAGCCCAAAAAGAGCUGAACAAGUUAAAGGAACAAGUAAAGAAUGCUGAAACUACUAAGGCUCAAGCACUUGUGGAGCUUGAAAGGGCUAAAAGGACAGUUGAGGAUCUAGCACAAAAGCUAAAAGUUAUCAGUGAAUCUAGGGAGUUGGCAAUCAAUGCGACAGAAGCUGCAAAGAGUCAGGCAAAACAACUUAAAGAAGAAAAGUAUGGUGACCCUGAUGGAUCAAAUGGUGCUUGGAAAGAAGAGCUAGAAGCUGCAGUUAAAAGGUAUGCAUCUGUCAUGACAGAACUUGACGCUGCAAAGCAAGUACUGAGCAAAACUCGUCAGGAGUGUGAUUCAUCCUUGGAUGCAAGAGAUUCUGCUUUGAAGCAAGCAGCAGAAGCUGAAGAUGCAAAGAAGGAAAACAUGGAAAGAGCAACUGAGCUUUCUAAAGAAAUUUCAACUGUAAAGGAGUCAAUUGAACAAGCAAAGCUUGCAUCUAACGAAGCACAGCAACAGCAAGCAAUGAUUUUGGCUGAGAAAGAUGUUCUAAGACAAUCAUAUAAGGCUACCCUGGAACAAUCUGAAAAGAAAUUGCUUGCUUUAAAGAAAGAAUUCAGUCCUGAGCUCGCCAAAAAUCUUGAAGUGCAGCUGGCUGAGACAGUGAGUGAAAUUGGGGCCCUCCAAAAGGAAAUGGAAAAUAAAAGGACAUCGGACUUGGAUUCUGUGAAAACUGUUACUUUGGAGCUUGAUGAUGCUAAGGAGUCGCUGCAGAAAGUAGCAGAUGAAGAAAGCUCUCUCAGAAGCUUGGUUGAAACUCUUAAGGCUGAACUAGAGAAUGUAAAGAGAGAACAUUCUGAUUUGAAGGAGAAAGAAUCUGAAACUGAAUCCAUUGUUGGGAAUCUGCAUGUCAAGCUACGCAAAAGCAAAUCUGAGCUUGAAGCCUGCAAGGCAGAAGAAUCGAAAGUUAGUGGUGCAUCAGAUGAAAUGAUCUUGACACUUAGCCAGCUGACAUCUGAAACUGAAAAUGCAAGGCGUGAAGCAGAAGAUAUGAAGAACAAGACAGCAGAAUUGAAGAUGGAAGCUGAAGUUACCAUGCUUGCAUUAGCGGAUGCAGAGAAAAAGCUUAAAGUGGCACUUGAAGAAGUAGAAGCAGCAAAAGCAGCUGAGGCAAGUGCUCUUGAACAGAUUACAGUGUUAACUGAAAGGACUACUGCUGCACGCACGUCAACAUCUGAAUCCGGUGCUCUGAUUACAAUUUCAAAGGAUGAGUUUGACUCACUAAGCCGAAAAGUUGAGGAGUCUGAUAAAUUAGCUGACAUGAAAAUGGCCGCAGCCAAGGCCCAGGUUGAAGCUGUGAAGGCCAGUGAAAACGAGGCUCUGAAAAGGUUAGAAACAACUCAGAAGGAGAUUGAGGAUAUUAAGACUGCAACACAGGAGGCCUUGAAAAAGGCUGAGAUGGCUGAAGCAGCUAAACGGGUGGUGGAGAGUGAGCUUCGAAGGUGGCGUGAGCGAGAGCAGAAGAAGGCAGCAGAAGCCGCAUCACGCAUAUUGGCUGAGACACAGAUGUCAUCAGAAACAUCUCCUCAGCACUAUAGGAUUCAAAAGCAGAAUCCUCCUCAUGCAACAGUGGAGGUGAAGAAGUUAGAUAAAGAGAAGGUUUCAGUUUCAAAGAAAGCUCUCUUACCUAAUAUUAGUGGCAUCUUCCAAAGGAAGAAAAACCAGGUUGACGGUGGUUCUCCUUCUUAUCUUCCAGGUGAGAACCCUGUAUGAGAAAUAUGCAAUUUGUAGUAGCUUGUGCAGCUCUUGAAUGUGAGAGGAACCAUUUACUUGUGUGUAGUUGAGGAAUUUGAUCAGAUUUUGUCUUUGUAGAAUGUUUGAAGGAAAUGAUUGUGUAGUGUUUAUAGUUUGGUGACAGAUUCUGGGAUGCAUAAUGUAAAUGGAACGAGAAGUAAGAUUAAAAUCUAUUGGUAUUUUUCUGUUGAUACUAAGCUUUCAUAUCUUUCUAUUUGAACUAUAUUUGAAGGAAAGGAUUGAAUAGUGUUAAUAGUUUGGUGACAGUUCUCAGAGAUGCAUCAUGUAGAAGGAACCAUUAUUAGUAAGGCUUUUCUUUUUCUUUUUCUGUUUAUAAUAAGCUUUCAUGUUUGCUGUUUUGAGCU